UCUGGUUAAGUCACCGGUGGAGGUGCACUCUGCGCGUGCCUGGAGGCUCUCUUGAUUUGAGCUCAAGGUUCCAACGAAAGCGGGCCAGGGGGCUGGCAUGGCAGAGAGCCUAGCAGAUCCGAGAUCUCGUAAAUCCCGGCGUGCGGAUGGUCCAGUGUCGUCGCCGGUCCAAAGUAUUGCCUGUAGUUCGAGUUUGGUCUUGCUUCUGGUGCCCCCCACCAGGCCUUCCCUGUGGAUAACUGAGACACGUGACCGGUUGAGAGAUGGAAGAGAAGAAGAAGAAAAGGAGCCCCAAGCCCCACCUGGCACAGCCGGUGCCCUCCGGUGCUUUGCGCAAGCUGCCCGUCCCUGCCAGCAAGAGCACCUCCUUCUCCCUGGGGAUGCCUCACCUUCCAUCACCUAAACAAAGAGCCAAGUUCAAGAGAGCAAACAAAGAGAAGACCCGAGCCCCACAGCCUGCAGGCAGCACGGGGACCACGGUGGGCACCCCUCUGCAGCACUCGUUCCUGACGGAUGUCUCAGAUGUCUAUGAAAUGGAGGGGGGGCUCUUGAACCUGUUGAACGACUUCCAUUCAGGGAAGCUGCAGGCGUUUGGAAAGGACUGUUCUUUCGAACAAUUGGAGCACGUUCGGGAGAUGCAGGAGAAAUUGGCCCGUCUGCACUUCAGCUUAGAUGUUUACGUAGAAGAGCUCGCUGAGGAUCAGAAGAAAACUGUGGCUGACAGGAAUCUUGAUCAGCUACUGACAAAUUUGGAAGAGCUCAGCAACUCCAUCCAAAAGCUGCACUUGGCAGAAAACCCUGACCUGGAAGACGCCUCCACAGCCUAGAGGAAGCAAAGCAGUAGCCCAAGUCUUCUCUUGAGUAGAGU